CCCCAGUUGGUGACAGACUGCGCUGCAUCCCUCCCAGGACUCCCACCGUCCUCGGAGGGAUGAGCCCUGUAUCAUCUGCUUCGUGACACAGAUGCGGCGUUGCGCCAGGUGGCCCCUCAUAACCUCCGAGUGCUGUCACCACCAUCUCAUGAGGCGCCUGAAAGUCAAGAGGAAUCUUGCACGUUACUGCAAGAGGGAAAGCUCCCCAUCUCUCUCUUUCUCAAACACUCACCUCUGCCAACUUUUUGCCCCUCUUAGAGACAGCAGCUUUUCUCCACCUUUCACAGCAGCUGACACAGGCUCAGCCCCAACUCUCAAAACGAAGAAAAAAAUCCCAGAAAACGACAAGAACUUAUACUUAAUAGACCGAUAAGACAUUUUGGACGAGCUCCUCGGGCCCACAGAUCUGCCCGUUUUCCUGCAAACGUGAUCAGGAUUGAGAUAUAUUGACUGCGGCCUAAGCAGAACAGAAAGUAGAGACAAAAUCAGACUUGAGUAGAUAUUAGCUGCAGAGCAUUAAUGGAGCAGAGGGGAGGAAUCUGCUCUUUGUUUUUCCUGCUGAUUGGUGUGACCUUGCUCAGUGGCUGCCUGGGUGAACACAAGUUUAUGGAUGAAAGUGUUUCCACAGAGGAGGUGAAAAGGCAGAAGCUGCCUCACCUCAUCUUCAUCAUGGUGGACGACCAAGGUUAUGGAGAUAUUGGCUACCACGGCUCAGACAUUCACACUCCUGCGCUGGACCAGCUGGCAGCAGAAGGGGUCAAACUUGAAAAUUAUUACGUCCAGCCUAUCUGCUCACCAUCACGCAGUCAACUCAUGACAGGGCGAUACCAAAUUCACACUGGACUGCAGCAUUCAAUCAUCCGUCCACGUCAGCCCCUCUGCCUGCCCCCGGAUGUUCCCACCCUCCCAGAGCGUCUGGCUGAGGCUGGAUACUCCACACACAUGGUGGGUAAAUGGCACCUGGGCUUCUGCAGGACGAGCUGUCUGCCCACAGGACGAGGCUUUCAGAGUUUUCUGGGCACACUGACCGGCAGUGGAGACCAUUUCUCCUAUCAGAGCUGUGACGGGGCUGAAGCUUGUGGGUUUGACCUGCAUGAUGGAGACCGGCCUGCCUGGGAGAUGGCUGGGAACUACUCCACUCUGCUCUAUAUAGAGAGGGUGAAGCAGAUCCUGAGGAGCCACAACCCACGUACACCACUGUUCCUUUAUUUGUCCCUUCAGGCUGCCCAUACACCCUUGCAAGCACCAGAACAUUUUCUCCACCACUAUGAUUUCCAGACCAAUCGUCUCAGGCGCCACUAUGCAGCGAUGCUCAGCUGCCUGGACGACGGCGUUGCACAAGUAGUUCAGGAGCUGAAGACAAGUGGGCUCUAUGAAAACUCAGUGCUGAUCUACUCCUCUGAUAACGGAGGGCAGCCGCUCUCUGGUGGCAGCAACUGGCCGCUCAGAGGUGGCAAAGGGACCUACUGGGAGGGAGGCAUCAGAGCUGUGGGCUUCGUCCAUAGUCCCCUCCUGAAGAGGAAGGGUGCAGUAAGCCGAGAGCUUAUCCACAUCUCCGACUGGUAUCCUACUUUACUCGGGCUGGCCGGGGCCCUGCAGUCCCACAGUGGCCUCGACGGUCACGAUGUGUGGCGGAGCAUCAGCGAGGGCUCGCUUUGUCCUCGCACUGAAAUCCUUUUCAACAUUGACCCAGUGUCCAGGAAGCCUGGGGAGCCAUAUGACAAGGCGUUGGUGCUCAACGGCUUUGGGAUCUGGGACACAGCUGUUAGAGCAGCAUUAAGGGCUGGUGACUGGAAGCUGCUGACAGGAAAUGUGGGUGAUGGGGACUGGAUACCGCCGCACGCUCUCCCCGGUGGUCCAGAACGGUGGCAGAAACUGGAGAAGCGGCGCAACGAGCUGGGGAAGUCAGUGUGGCUGUUUAACAUCAGCUCCGACCCCUACGAGAGGUAUGACCUGGCAGAGGCUCGUCCAGAGGUGGUGAAACAUCUCCUGAAAAGGCUGGCCGAGUACAACCAGACGGCUGUGAUGACCAGGAAUCCACCAGAUGAUCCUAUGGCUGAUCCAGAGCUCCAUGGAGGGGUGUGGGGGCCCUGGCUGGGCCUGGAGGGACAAGAGGGCGACAGUGGAGAGGAUGAUGGCAGGAGAGAGAGGAUGAUGAAGAUUAAGCACUGCAAGUUAUGUAAAUUAAAAGCCCUCUUUAAGAAGGUGGGGUCACGCCUGCAGAGAAACACUUUAUUCUAAAUGUCUCCUCUAGCAACAACAAUUGAACUGAAGGGUUAAGUAUGUUUUAGAUGAGCUUAGAAGUGCUGUCUAAAUUUUAAAAGCCCCUUCGAAUGACCUGACAGUUGGUCAAAAGCCCUCCUAAACAGAACUGUGCAUAAAGGCACCUAAUCAGUGGAUAGUGUCUCCACAAAUGCUUUUUUAUGGUGUUACUCUUCAUUAUAAAUGCAAAAAAAUAUAUACAAAAAUAGUUGUUUUAAUGAUGAAAAACAGAGUUUGACAGAGUUAUUUACGCUCAUAUAGUGUAUAUACAAUGAGGAUGUUGAUGAGGAUGAUGAGGAUAUUGUCUCAGAUCUGUGGAAGCUCCUUAACGACCCUCUCUGGUCAUUGAUUCAACCCCUAAAAUCUCAACUUUGAGUAAAGUGACCCAUCAAGAAGUAAAUUCCUGCUUUAAAAUUAUUUUUAAUGUGCAGAUCUAUGAAUUCCCUGCCUCUGUCUCCUCCCACCUCGCUGCUAUUUACUGCUGCUCAAGCACACCAGCUCACCUAUUACUCUGCUCAAACACUGUAAAACGAUCUACGCUACACAAUGACAAGUUCUAAUAUUUGAGUAAUUCUGUCACACAUGUUCAAACCAGAAACCAAUUCUGAAGAAUAACGAUGGAUAAAGCCUCACCCUACAAAUUGGCAGGACUGGUCAUUGGUUUAUGAAUGAAACCUGGAAGUCUGAAUCUAUGUUUUUGAGAUGAAAUGCACAGCCAUGGUGUUGACUGUUUAUUUUGCUCAUGAUGUGUCUUCUAGCAUAAAAAAACAUCAUAUGGACAUGUUAACAUGAGAAAAAAAUAACCUGCAUCAUUUUGAUGUCCAGCAGGGGGCCACUCCUCUGGUUCCAAAAACAAGUUUGACAAUGUAAAAGUAUGAGAAAAAGACCCUACUUCUAAAUGUAUUUGUUGCCUAAUCAUUUUGCUAAUGUGUUAUUGAUCUGAAUUUCUAGCUAUGAGUCUCCUUCAAUACAGCAUGAUACUCAUUUUGUAAAUUAUCUUCCUAUUUAGCGUAAAAUAAAGUAGAACAUGCUUCAUCAGCGCACAAACCAAAGGCGUGAUGUCACCGUGGCUACAUUCAUGUUUUAUGUACAGUCUGUUUUCUCACUUUUAAACACCUUGUCAUUCACUAGAUGUAAUGGACAGGCUUUGUAUUUUCACCGUAACGCCAACAUCAGUAAUCUGAGGUCAUGUGGGGUCUCAGGCGCUAUGAAACAAUCUGACAAGGGACAUUUAGAGAAUACUGACACUGGAAGGAUACAAACAAAAAUACAGAGCGGUAGAAAAGCACACAGGUCAGAUAGACAAACUAGACCUUCAAUCAAAUAGUGAAGGUCGGCAGAUAAACAGGCAGCCGGAUAGACGGAGCGGACAGGGCUGAGCUGACUCAUUCACUGUCCUGCGGCCAAACUGCAGCAGGGACACCGUAGGCCGUCGCCGGACUGCGUACUGAGCAACACGCAUGUCAUUGUGCAUGUACGACCGUGUAUGAACAGUUUGAUUAAUACCGAUAGAGAUGGAAUGCGUGCAUGUGGAAGUGAGGCCUGUGGUGACCUCUCCAUGUCUCAUCUCUUAAUCAUCCGAGAGGAGCCUUUAAGGAUGACACAAAGGCACCCACGGGGGUUGUUUUUGUCAAAUGUCACCUUGUCCUUUUGUUCUUGGGGGUUAUAUAGAUUCACUGCUGCUCGUAGAAAGACCUCUGAUCACAACACAAUGUCCAGUCCCUGCAGCAGAGCCAAACCAAGAAAGGCUCAGGCUGAUAUCGUUGCUCUUUUCUGGACUUGUAAAUGUUACUUAGCUCGUUUACAGUGUUGUAAAAUGCUGGGAAAUGGGUUGAAAUGAUCCAAAUAAAGUCACAAAUGAAAAAUAAA